UCAAGUCCCCACUCCACCACUUACUAGCCUUGCGACCUUGGACAACGGUGCCCUGGCGGAGCUGACGGGCCAUCCCAUCGGAGAUAUGUGUAACACACCGACUUACUGUGACCUAGGAAAGCCUGCCAAGGAUAUCUUCAGCAAAGGAUAUGGGUUUGGCAUGGUCAAAAUAGAUCUGAGAACCAAGUUAUGUAGUGGAGUGGAAUUUUCUACUUUUGGUCAUGCUUACACUGUUACAGGGAAAGCAUCAGGCAACCUAGAAACCAAAUACAAGAUUUGUAACUAUGGACUGACCUUCACCCAAAAGUGGAACACAGACAAUACUCUUGGGACAGAAAUCUCUUUGGAGAGUAAUUCAACUCAAGAGUUGAAACUGACUCUUGAUACCAUAUUUGUCCCGAACACAGGAAGGAAGAGUGGGAAAUUGAAGGCCUCCUAUAAACGGGAUUGUUUCAGUCUUGGCAAUAAUGUUGAUACAGAUUUUUCUGGACAAACCAUCUAUGGCUGGGCUGUGUUGGCCUUUGAAGGUUGGCUUGCUGGCUAUCAGAUGGGUUUAGACACAGCCAAAUCCAAACUGUCACAGAAUAAUUUCACCCUGGGUUACAAGGCCGCAGACUACCAGCUGCAUACUCACGUGAACGAUGGCAUUGAAUUUGGAGGGUGGAUCUACCAGAAGGUGAACAAGAAGACUGAAACACCAAUAAACCUUGCGUGGGCGGCAGGCAGGAACAAUACACGUUUCGGCAUUGCUGCUAAGUACAAGCUGGAUUGUAGAACUUCUCUAUCUGCUAAAGUAAAUAAUGCCAGCCUGAUUGGACUGGGUUAUACUCAGACCCUUCGACCAGGAGUGAAACUGACCCUGUCAGCUCUCAUCCAUGGAAGGAACUUCAGUGAAGGAGGACACAAGGUCGGGCUGGGGUUUGAGCUAGGAGCUUAA